AUGGUACGCAAUAAUUCGACACCGCACGCCGACUCCAAAGCCUCCAACCCCAUGCGGGAGCUUCGCAUCCAGAAGCUCGUCCUCAACAUCUCCGUGGGCGAGUCUGGUGACAGACUUACUCGUGCCGCCAAGGUGCUCGAGCAGUUGAGCGGUCAGACUCCCGUCUACAGCAAGGCCCGCUACACCGUCCGAACCUUCGGUAUCAGGAGGAACGAGAAGAUCUCCGUCCACGUCACCAUCCGUGGCCCCAAGGCCGAGGAGAUUCUCGAGCGUGGCCUCAAGGUCAAGGAGUACGAGCUCCGCAAGCGCAACUUCUCCAAGUCCGGCAACUUCGGUUUCGGUAUCAGCGAGCACAUCGACUUGGGCAUCAAGUACGACCCUAGCAUUGGUAUCUACGGCAUGGACUUCUACGUCUGCAUGACCCGCCCCGGCGAGCGCGUUGCCAAGCGCAGGCGGUGCCAGAGCAAGAUCGGUGCCUCCCACCGCGUCAACAACAAUGAGACCAUCAAGUGGUACAAGAACCGGUUCGAGGGCAUCGUCCGAUAA